AGAAAUUUUAAGACUUUUCAACAUCGCCAUUUCACAGCAUAAGAAGUCAUGACUAAAGCUAUUGUCAAUGCUAAAAAGUGGAAGUUGGCUCAAGUAAUACCUGAAACCCCACCUCGAGUCUCAAACCCGCAAAGACAAGCACCGGAGACAACAAUCCUAUGUCGAUCAGAUGCAGCUUGGAACAAAAAAUCAAAGCAGCGGGAUUGGGAUGGAGUUUCUCAGUUAAUCAAAAUGAGAGGUAUAUCUCUCACAGUGAAUCUUUGAAUUUCGUACGAUCAUCUCUUUGAAUUUCGUUAAGUUAUAAUCAAUUUUUAUUAGUUUUAUAUCAAUUAUCUUCGUUAUUAAACAUGAAAAACUCAAAAUCUCUAAAUUUAAACUAUAAUUUUGAGUGAAGACGAUUUCCGGCGAUGGAAAAAUAAUUUUUGGUAAUAUUUGUUUCAGUUGGGUUGGAUUUGUUCUCUUAUCAUCGGAAAUCGUUUUUUCCGUCGCUGGAAAUCGUUGCGGUCGCUAAGAUCAAAUCAAUUUUAAGCAGAUUUUGGUUUCAAUUAAUUUUGUAACCAAAUUUUCAUUUUCACUAAUGAUAUUUACCAUUUAGCAAAAAAAGAAAAGAAAAGCAUUUGACCUAAGUCUGCCUACAUUAUUGUCUUUUAAAUAAUCCGAAUGGUAUUUUUAACGGGCCAAGGGUAAGCUGUUGUAGUAUUGGGCCACUAUAUGUUACGGACACAUCUGGGCCAUAAAUGUUUAAGUACAAGGACAGAGUGAUCCAGGCACACCGGGUGGACGUCUUCCUCGUCUUCGUUUUUUCUUUUCUUACACUGAUCUCUGUAAACUGUAAUUGAUAUUAAAAAAAAAAAACAUUAUUUCUUCCCGCGUCAGAAAUUUCGAAGGCCAAUCUUUACAUCUGCACUCCUCUGUGUGUUUAAACUCUUGUGGGCAACAAUAUCUUCUGCUCCUUUAUCAAAUCUAUUGGGGGAUCAGGUAACAAACAUCCCUUGUUAUGGUCUCGGAUCGAUUCUUCUUCUUCUCGAUCACUGUAAUUUGCAUUAUUUACAAUGAAAAAAAUGGUAACUUUGCGCGGAGGUAGUGAUCCAAUGAUAGAUGUUUUGCUUGUAAAGCUCUGACUUUUGUGUUGUUUGAUGAUCUGAAUUGUGAAAAUUGUAACGUAGGUUUUGCUUAAAGUUGAACUCUUCUGCUGCACUUUGCUCGAUCCGUCGAGCAAAGUAGUUGUAGAAGAAAAAAGACAGAGCCUUUUUGUUUAGUAAUGGAUAAGAAUCUUGUGGAGAUGUUUAGGGCCUCUUUGAACUGGUUUACAAUGAUUCUGGAUGCUCCUUCAGCUAGAGUUGUCUUGUUCGGUGUCCGAAUCCAAGGUUAGGCUUUUCUGAUGAAUAUUGUUUUUUUGGUGGUGGACAAACUACUUCUGUCUCUAAUGUCUGUUAUGCUUAAAGAAAUGAUCCAUACAGUGCUGCUGGCCCGCGCGCAUACAACGGUUGAUGGAAAAGACGUGGUGAAUUUUGCGUCAGCUAAUUAUUUUGGACUCAUUGGCCACGAGAAGUUACUGGAUGCUUACUGUUUGAUACUUUCUCUCUUUGACUUAGAUGUCCACCUUGAUUGCGAGACAAGGAUCUCGAAAUUUUUGGGCACUCCUGACACGAUCCUCUAUUCUUAUGGACUUUCCACGAUGUUCAGCACCAUUCCUUGUUUCUGCAAACGAGGCGAUAUCAUUGUUGCUCUGUUAUGGAAAUGUUUGUCAGAUAUCAAGGGGAUGUCACUAGCAAGCGACCCUGAAUAACCUAUCGUCUUCUUAAAGUUAGAGAAAUUCGAGUGGUUCAACUAAAGAUGACUUGCUUCUACUCGAGAAAAUGGCUGAUCGUGCUCUGAAGGAAGACUCCUUGUUGGUUGUGAGCUCUAAGAAGUCGUUUCUUGAUAAAUCCCGGUUACCUGUGGGGAUCAAACUCUUUGUCUCAGCGGGACACUCAGAUUCUGAUCUUAUUAAAGCAUCAGAGUCCCUGAAGAGACGAGCUUCUACUCAAAGUCCUAAUCUUUUUCUCUUUUUUUUUUGGUUUCAACCUUUUGUCCUACUUUAUACUCUUUCUUGAUGAUCAAGUAGCUUAGAGUUGUUGCAGAAAAUUAUUUUAUAAUUUCAUCAAUAAUUUUCAGUUUUGUAGACUAAUGACAAAGCUGAGCUCCAUCUAUGUUAACAUGUGUCUGUCCACGCGCAUCAUGAUAUAUAACAACUCGUAACUUGUGUAACAAGAAAAAAAAACUGUGACCUAAAAAAAGGAAGAAGAAUGAAUGGUUUUGGUGGGAAGGAGAGGUCUAGCUUUUCCUCUACGUUAUUGGCGCUGGAGAGAUUUUCGGACAAGUUUUUUUUAAUAUCCUUUUUAUCUUUCUCCUUCCUCUCA